GAGAAUUGCCCUGAAACUUCUCGAACAAGCUCAAUUAAUAUCCAGAGGAGACCCUUCCAUUUACAAGCUCAACCUAGAAAGGGAGGUGUUUAAUCAGUCCAAGCAACUUGUGAAAUGCUCCUUAGGAAAGCCCACCACUACGCACAAGAUGAAGACAAUUAUGUUGCUGGGGGCAACUGGAUCAGGAAAGACAACCCUCAUCAACGGGAUGAUCAACUACAUCUUGGGCGUGGAGUGGGGGGACAACUUCAGAUACAAGUUAAUACAGGAGGAGACGGGAAAAUCCCAGGCUGAGAGCCAGACAUCCUCCAUCACUGCCUACCAUCUCCACCACCAGGUAGGGUUUAACAUCGACUGCUCUCUGACUAUCAUCGACACGCCAGGAUUCGGAGACACCAGGGGCAUCAGCCGGGAUCGACAGAUCAUUGACCACAUCCGUGAGUUCUUCACUUCCCCACAGGGCAUUGAUCAGAUCGAAGCGGUCUGUUUCGUCGUCCAAGCAUCCCAGGCUCGCCUGACCCAGACACAGAAAUAUGUCUUUGAUUCCAUCCUUUCCAUUUUUGGCAAAGAUAUCGCGGAGAACUUUCUGAUAAUGUUGACGUUCGCGGACGGGCAGCGCCCCCCAGUUCUGGAGGUCCUGAAAGCCGACCAGGUACCCUGCCACAAAGAUGAAAAGGGAUUGCCAGUAUACUUCAAGUUUAACAAUUCUGCCAUUUUUGCCCAGCGUCCGACCUCUGGUGACGAGGGGAGAUCUGACGACAGCGGGGAAGAGGAUAAUGACUUUAACCAGGUGUUGUGGAAGAUGGGGACAAACAGUAUGAAGAAGUUCUUCGCAGCUCUGAGCAUGAUGCAGGCGAGGAGCCUGUGCCUGACCAAAGAGGUUCUGAAGGAACGUAGACAGCUGGAGUCUGUAGUGGCCGGGUUGCCGACUCUGAUCCAAGCAGGGCUGACCAAAUUAGAGGAGCUUAAGAAAUCCAAACAAGUUCUGAACCAAAACCAGUCCAACCUUGAUGAAAAUAAAGAUUUUGAGUACGAGGUCGAUGUGACUGUUAAAGAAAAGAGGAAACUUGACAGCGAUGAUUCAUUAGUAAACAACUGUACGGUUUGUGAAUACAGUUGUCAUGACCCCUGUCCAUAA